UUGGCCAACACGUCCGAGAUAAAACACUGGUCGUCCUCAUUUGAAACGCUCGUUUUUGUUUCCCUUUACAAAGCAAGAAACAGCAAUUCAAUGAGUAAUGCAACUUAUGAGGAAAGCGUGUCCGGUAAUAUCGCGAGGUUAGCCAGUCGGCGUGAAUGUGGCUGCUACUUUCCGCGGGCAGGAAGGACCUAACUCAGCACACUCUCCUGCAAGUGUGCUGAAGACUAUGCAAAGGUUGUACUUACAACUAAAUUAAAUUUACUUAAUCUCUACCCAACAUCGUUUUAGACGUAGAUCAAAGUUUUAUUUAUACCCCGAAGGGUCUGGAAUACAUGGACGCUAACGUUAGCUCGCUAGUUAAGAGACAUUUCAGUGAAAAUCGUCCGUAUUUCCCCUGAAAGAAACAAAAUGUCCGCGGAGCACAGAGCAAGCUGGAUACUGACAGGCACCGUGGUCGCUUGUGUCGCCGCUCUGUAUGUGCCCUGUGUGCAGAGGACGGUCCCCGGUGGAGACUCAGGAGAGCUGAUCACCACUGCUUGUGAGCUGGGGGUGGCCCAUCCUCCAGGAUACCCACUCUUCACUCUACUGGCUCACAUGGCUAUGCAUCUGCUGCCCUCACUGUCUCCAGCCCACAGCGUUAACCUGAUGAGUAGCCUCCUGGGGGCUGCAGCUUGUGGUGGCUUCUGCAUUACUGUCUGCAGGUUGGCAGGUCCUGGUCCUGGAGCAGUGCUGGCUGGUGGGCUGUUCGCUGUGUCCAGACUCAGCUGGCAGUGGUCCAUGGUGGCAGAGGUCUUCACCCUCAAUAACCUUUUUAUUGGCCUUCUCUUCUUCUUGACCGCCAGCUUCCGCUGUGCUGAAAAUGCCACGCAGAGGAAGAAGAUUGCACACUGGGGGGCAUUAUGCUGUGGCUUGGGGCUCUGUAACCAGCACACACUGGUGCUGUAUGUGUUGGUCAUCAUUCCUUGGGUCCUUUACCGACUGUGCUCUCAAAAGGAGCUGUCUUUGCGUGGCCUUGUAUCUCUGGGAUUCUGUUUCCUCGCUGGCUUCCUGCCGUACAUCUACCUGCCGAUUUCAUCCUACCUCAACACAGCCCGCUGGAGCUGGGGUGACCAGACCACCCUGUCGGGUCUGUUGACCCACCUGCUGCGAGCUGAAUAUGGCACAUUCUGUCUGGCAAAGACAGAAAGCUCGGUUAACCUGACCACAAUGCUGCAGGCUCAGUUGGACCACUCCCUGGCAGAACUUUCACUUCCUGUCUUGGUACUGGCAGGAAUGGGCUUUGCGCUCUCCUCAUUGGACAGGAGGUGUCGCUCAGUGUCCUGGCUGUUAACUGUCAUGCUGGUGGUCUACUCGCUGUUUUUUGCAUGGAGAGCCAACCUGGACAUUAGCAGACCCUUACUGCUCGGAGUGGUUGAGCGUUUCUGGCUCCAGAGCGAUGCUGCAGUGUGUGUGCUGGCAGGCCUCGGCUUGAGCCGGACUCUAGCUGGGCUGGAGAGGAGGCUGGGCUAUGGGGGGUUGUGGAAGACCACAGGCUGGGUCUUCACUGCAGCUCUGCUGGCACAUAUGGUGCACACCAAUCACAGGGAGUGUGAUCAGAGUGGGAACACUGUGGUGGAGAGGUUCGGCAGGGAGCUUCUGGCCUCCUUCUCCAAAGACUCAAUCAUCCUGACCAGAGGAGAUCUGCCUGGAAAUUCUCUGCGAUACCUGCACUACUGCCAGGGCGUACGGCCUGAUGUACGCCUGGUUGAUCAGGAGAUGAUGACAUAUGCUUGGUAUGUGGCCAAGCUGGCACAGCACCACCCUGGGAUCCACUUUCCCGGCCGCUGGUGGGACCCGGUCAACCCCGAGGAGAAAGGCACCUUCAGUCUCGAUCAAUUUCUGUCCCGCAACACGCAGAGGGAUGUGUUUGCCUGCAUCGGGCUUCCUGAUGGAGACCUGAGCUGGGAACACAGUUAUUCCCGCUGGCCCCUGGGUGUGUGUGACUACUUAGCGCCCGUUCAGAAGCAGUUUCACCCUGAAGAGUGGGCUCAUCGUACACGCAAUAUCUAUAACUGGAGUGAUCCACACAACAGUUUCCAUCCUGCAUCCUGGGAGCGUGUUGCUAAUGAAGAGAUGUGGCAAGCCAGGAUGAAGACGGCUUUCUUUCUGUUUGACCUGGCUGAAAGGAUGCAGGGAGAGGGGAAAGCUCGCCUCUUUGAGCUGUCUUACACUCUAUAUAAGGAGAUUGUUGAGGCCCACUCCGACUAUCCUCCAAACUGGGACAAGAACCUGGCUCUGGCUUGCGAGAGGCUGCUCCGCUCCGGUCACAGGGGUUACAGUGCAGACAGCCUACUGACCUGCAGUGUCCAGCACUUCAGUCUUUACUUAGAGAAGGAUCCCACUGAUCCCCAGGCACCCGCCAUCCGCUCAGCCAUUACUCACCUGCUCCAAGAGAGAGACAGAUUCCGACAGAGCCGGAGGCAAACCCCAUAAGAUCCACGGAGCUGGAACAAUGGAAAUUAUGGCUGAGCCAAUGUGCCUCUUUGUGUGGUUUUAAGGUGACGCUCUAUGUGGAUCAAGACUGGUGCACUGGUGUUAAGUUUGGCUGAAUGUACUGUGCCAAAUUGGACUUGUAUGUCAGAAUUUGAAAUGAAGGGAAAUGCUGGUGGAUAAGUUCUUGUUUGAAGUUACCAAACAGAGCUAACACUGUGCUACGUCUCAUUUGAUGAAUGUUUACAGUUGACCAGCGGCAGGGCAUGACUUUAGGAAGCCCUGCCUGACCUCAAUCAAGCUCUGCACGCUUCUCUUAAAGUCACCCAUUCAAUUGCUUUAUCGUUACAUCUCGUUCUCCCCCCCCCUUUUUUUUCCUAUUCUGCUCUCAGAGCUUUUAACGUGCUGAUUAUUCUGCCUCAGCCUCUGCUCUACUUCUUUUUCUCACAUUAGGAUGGCAAGACCGAGAUUGAGGGAAACCCAAUUUGGGGGCAGAAAUGGGGGAUUAGAGCGGCUGUUUAAUCUAGGACAGACUUGUGCUGUGCCACGCAGCCUCACUCCACAUCAGUGGCAGCCCUACACACCCACCCACCCCUCUAUCCUUCCAUCAGUCUAUCUUAGAUGGUCCUUUAAAUGUUUAAAACUAAUGGAUUCGAUGAGUGCUUUUUUACCCCCCCCCCUCUCUCUCUUCCUUCCUAACAUGAGGGCGGUAAUCCCUCUUGGAUUUAAAUGAAAUGUGAAAUGUCACAAUGCCAGGGACCCUUUUAGAGGUGCGUUCGUGCGUGUGCCCAUGUGGGCAUCUAUGUUGAUUUGGGUCUGCAUGUGUGUGAGAACAUGCUUAAAUCUCCACUCAGCCCCCUCUCCUUGCCAGAAUUGCUCAUAAACCUAUUCGAUAAAAGGAUCGGCACACUGAAAAGCAAAAUGCUUUGAUCAUUAGAGAGACAUGGACAUUAAAGUCAUGGAAAGUUCACGGACAAACGCAGAUACGCAAGAUUUUCAAUACUCGACUCACAGAAAAAUGGAAUCUCAGGUCUGUGAAUGUCGGGAAGAGGUGCCGUCAAACUUAGUCUGACUGGACCAGGGUUGUUUGAAGAACACCCCUGAAGUACGCCCUUGUAUCUGACGCAUCGGUUACACACUGUUUUUAAAAAUGUUAGUGUUGAUGUUAAUGAACCUCGUGCCAUGAAAUUUGUUGUGCAGAGGUCACAUCAGCAUUUUGCCAUAAGCUUUAUAAAACGUUUCUGAAGAAGCCUGCUGUUUGAGAUACCAGCGGAAAGCGAGGGACAGUGAGUGCAUGUGCAGUUUUCUCCGAAUGUAAUCUGCCCUCUGUGUUCGCAGGCCUGGUUAGCGGCUGUCAGCUGGCUGGAUGAUGAGGUUCGACCUGCUGUAGCGCAGAUGGUUUGGUUUCACAUAAAAACAAGGGGGAAACUGUCAUUCUGCUUUCUACAGAUUAAAAUAUUUCAAUAAAGAUUUUUUUACGUAUUUUUGUGCUCUGCUCCGAAAUGUAGUAUUUUUGAUCAAAAAUGUUAUCAUAUUUGUUGUUUUGACAUUGCAGGCAAAUGAAUAAUGCGAGUUUAAAUCGUGUUUUUUAACUUCACUUGACUGUAUUGGUGUAGUUUAAUGUUUACAUCAGUUAUCUGCUGCCACAUGGCUCAUCCCCUCUUAUUUUUACCUUACUUUCCUUUUAUCAUCCCCCUCUUGUCACCCACCCUCCCCGCCUCCCACCCCCUCUCACUCUGUCUUUCCGUAACCCCUCUGUUCCUCUUCUCUCCCGUUUCUGAGAGUCACUUGCCCACCCUAAAUCAGCAAGCUGCCGAGGAUUGUGGGAACCCAUGGAAUCGCCGUGACCAGGGAUGCAGGCAGGGAGCCACGGCAACGCUGGAAUGUGGGGCGUCUGAGGAGAUAAGAGCUGUGAGCCCAGCCAGGGAGAGGCGCGAAGUGGGGGAGGACGCAGAGGCAGAGUGAGGAGGGUGAGACAGAAACAGGGAGAGCAGCAAGUCUGUGAAUGGGGAAACAGAAACACAACGCCAUAAACAGCCAGAGAGCAAGACAGAGUGAGACAGAGAAAGAGGGGCGGGGGACUUAGGGGGGCACACACUGGAGAUGGGAAGCCAGCCUUAUUCCUCUUUGCAUUUCAUUUACAUCCCUGGCCGUAUCGACCAAUCGGAUUGGGAGCAAAGCCCAGGGCUUAGGAGGGGAAUAAAAAGACAAAAUGCCUUUGCUGCUCUCAUCCCUCCCUGAUAAUACCCCUUCUGUUUUUCUUUUCUCCUUUUCUCUCGUCUAUAAGUAGAUACUGUCCGAAAUGCCAGCGGAAAAGCGACACCUCCGCUUGCUGUGUAUCUCAGAUAGACCGAGCGGGAGCAGGGGCUGAAAAGACAGCUUUAGCAACUGGGCCUAUCUCCACUCCUCUCUCUGGCUGGAUGGGAGCUUGGAGUGGAAGGAGGCGGAGGGCUGGGGUGUGUUGGUUAGUGUUUGGGAAGAGAAUAGAGGGUGUGAGAGGCAUGAUAUACUGAGCUGGCCACAGAUUUUGCAAAAUCUUACACUCUGAAAAACUUUGCCUUCAGAUCCCUUUCUUAAGCAUGAGAAACCUGUGUCAAGGAUGUUUACCAGGUGCCACCCAUCCUUGUAAAGGUUGCCAAUGCCUUUUACCAAAGUCUGCACAUAUUUGUUAGCUUAACAUUGCUGUCCCAUGCAAAAAGAAAUGUUUUUUUUCCUCCUAAGACUCGUAUGUUUCAUUUCAUACUAUGAUUUAGUCAUGAAAGUGACUGUCCAAGUCCUGAGCAGUUUAUUGAAACAUGCAAGCGUACAUGGAGAUACAGUAUAUGAGGUAAAAACAGUUUGUACAUUUCUAACAAGCUUGAAAGUCGAUAUUUGGUAUGACCACUUUUAUUCUUCAAC